AAGAUGGAUAAUUUAGAAGGCUGCGUUGCACUCUCUUUAGCUGCCGUCUUUCUGGUACUGGCGUGGACUGUAUUCAAUUGGCUAUGGCUGAGGCCGAAGCGGCUUGAAAGGCAUCUCCGAACGCAAGGCUUCAGUGGAAACUCGUACAGGCUGCUGUUCGGAGACAUCAAGGAGAACGCCGCCAUGAUGAAGGAAGCCAGGUCCCGGCCGAUCAAUCUGUCGGAUGAUAUUACGCCACGUGUCACGCCCUUCAUUAAUCACUACGUUAAGAACUGGGGUAAGAGAAGUUUCACAUGGACCGGACCAACGCCGAUGGUGAAUAUUAUGGAGCCCCAACUCAUAAAGGAAAUACUGCUAAAGCAUGUCAUAUUCCCCAAGCAAAAGCAAAACCCUCUGGCCAGGCUGCUCAUCUCAGGGUUAGUCAGUUUGGAAGGUCAAAAAUGGGUCAAACAUAGGAAAAUUAUCAGACCAGCUUUCAGUCUCGACAAGCUCAAGCACAUGUUGCAGGCAUUCGAUUUGUGUUGUGGCGAGACGAUUAGCAAAUGGGAGAAGAUGGUGUCGUCUCCUUCUUCAAUGGGGUGGUGCGAGAUAGAUGUGUGGCCUGAUCUGGAGGCUUUGACGGCCGAUGCGAUAUCUCGAACAGCUUUCGGCAGCAACUACGAAGAAGGAAGAAGAGUGUUUCAGCUUCAAAAAGAGCAAGCUGUUCUUGCAGCCGAGUCCAUGCGCUCUAUCUACAUCCCAGGCUGGAGGUUGUUGCCAACGAAGAAUAACAAGAGAAUGAAGGCGAUUUGCAGAGAAGUGGAAGCUCUGUUGCUGGAUAUCAUCAACAGGAGAGUGAAGGCAAUGGAUGCAGGAGAUUCUUGUGGAAAUGAUUUGUUGGGCAUUCUAUUGGAAUCCAACUUGAAAGAGAUUCAAGAGCAAGGUAAUGACAGGAAACUGGGGAUGAGUAUCGAAGAGGUCAUUGAAGAGUGCAAGCUCUUCUACUUCGCUGGGCAGGAGACAACUUCAGCUUUGCUGGGAUGGACACUGGUGUUGCUAAGCAGGCACCAGGAUUGGCAACAGCGAGCCAGGGAAGAGCUUUUCCAACUACUUGGCAGUGACGUGAUGCCAAGCUUCGAUGCCCUCACCCACUUGAGAGUUGUACAUAUGAUUUUGUUGGAGGUUUUAAGGUUGUACCCUCCGAUAGUGGCGCUUGUUCGAUCUGUCCCAGAAGAUGUGAGUGUCGGAGGACUACUACUACCAGCCGGCGUGAAGCUCUUCCUGCCGGCGAUCCUCAUUCAUCGCGACAACGAAAUCUGGGGAGACGAUGCAAACGAGUUCAAACCAGAAAGGUUCGAAAACGGAGCUUCACAGGCUACAAAUGGUCAAGUUGCGUAUUUUCCCUUCGGAUGGGGACCUCGGAUUUGCAUUGGACAGAACUUCGCGUUGUUGGAAGCGAAAAUGGCAAUGGCAAUGAUCUUGCGGCGCUUCUGGUUUGAGCUUUCUCCGUCUUACGUUCAUGCUCCGGCCACCGUUAUAACCCUCCAGCCACAAUACGGCGCGCAAUUGGUUCUACACAAGCUAUAAGCGUUGCUGAUUUCCCCCCGGCCCCGCGCGCGGGGUGGUUCGGAUUUUCUAUAUAG